CCGCGCGCCUGCCCGGCCCCGCACACGCCGCGCGCCCAGGCCUUGGGGACCGCGCAGAGCGAGGCCUGGGUGCUUGUCCUACGCCCGUGCCACUUCCCUGGUGCCGGGCGAAAGGAAGGCGCCGCGGAGCGCCAUUCCGGGGUCCUGCCGAAGCGUCCUGCUCGGAACAGGUUCAAGCCCUGGCUCCCGGAUAACCGGGAAUGCCUCAGGCCUUCUUCUGGAUGCGAGAACCACGGAGGGCGGGAGGGACUUUUGUACUAAAUUGCGUCCAUUAUUUCUUCAGGGCAUGUUUUUAAAAACAUAAAAGGCCCCCUCCACGGAGAACUGGGCCCGUGGUCGCCCACCUCCUGAGAUCUGCAAGCUGCAUGCCCACGAGUGCCCACUUGGACUUUUGCAAGCAGAGAGAGCAGCGAUGACAUCAAAAUGGAGCGCUACCGCAUCUUGGUAUUCUCACCCAGUAUAUGCCAGAUACUGGCGACAUUAUCACCAUGCCAUGUUUUGGAUGCGAAGCCACCAGAAUGCCUACAGAAAGUCCAGGGAUUCCUAUUUCAUGUCCCCGUGGUUCUCUCCUCCUGGAGUUCUUCCCUGGAACUCUUUUGCUUAUGAGGCUAAGCGUCCUUGGAACCUUCAAGGCCAGCACAUGGCCCGGCAGGCGCCUCCCUACAGUGUUUCUCAUCUCCAAAGCUCCGGGCAGCCUCUGUGGGAUAGCAGUAGAACCCAGGCCUCGCCCAGAGACGAUGAAGCCCCGCAUGAGGAGGAAGAGAUGGAGUCGGAUUCAGAUAACGAAGUCGAGUGCGACCUGAGCAGCAUGGAAAUCACCGAGGAGCUCCGCCAGUACUUUGCGGAGACCGAGAGGCACCGGGAGGAGCGGCGGCGACAGCAGCAGUUAGACGCGGAGCGCCUGGAGGACUAUGUGAACGCCGACCACGGCCUGUACUACAACCACCGCCGCUCCGCGGAGCCCCCGGCCGAGAAGCCCGGGGAGCGGCGCCGAGCCGAGAUGCAGCGUCUGUAUGGGGACAGCGCCCCCAAGAUCCUGGCCAUGGAGGCUGCUGCGCAGCUGAGCUUUGACAAGUACUGUGAUAAAAAGCAGCCAAAAUACUGGCCUGUCAUUCCCCUCAAGUUCUGAGUCCCGGCACGGGGGGCCCUGGGGAGUGCCUCCUGGACGCAGGGCCUGGGCGCUCCCUCUUACCUUUGGAGUAUUCCCUUCAUCUCUCCGGGACGUUUUUCAGAGAAGGAGGCUUGUAUACCGACACAGUGGGUGCAACCUGUCAGGUGCACUGUUGCCAACACAAGGAAUGCCAUAAAGUGAUAAUCGUGUGUAUUGUCCUGGCUCUUGACUUGCUCUCUAAUAGUUCAUUGAAAUUCUUGCCUAGAGAUACUGUCUAGUGGUUUGCAUUUGUAUUUCCUUCUUUAAACCUUCCUGGCUGUCACACAAGCCUGAAGCCACAGGUCUUUUUUUUUUUUUUUUUUUUUAGACUAGUUCACAUAUAGUCCGAGCUGGCCUCAAACUCUCAAGUCCUCCUGCUUCCACCUUCCAGCUGCUAGCUUACAGGUGUGCACCCCAACUGGGCUCCGAUCCACAUAUUCUCACUGACUGUGACCCUUGGGUCCCUCUGAGAAUGAUGCAGGUGAACAGUAAGACAAAUGCUGUCACUCGGCCAGGUGUCAGCCUGCGUGCUCCAUAAAAGGCCCGAAAGCAAAUACUUGGGUUUGGCAGGCCAUGUGGUCUGUCAGAACUGCCUAACCCUGACUUUAUAGCACACAAACAGCCAUGGAUACUGAGUAAACAAAUGGAUGUGACUCUAUUCCAAUAAAACUUUAUUUGUAAAAUAAAAAAAGCAUAAAAGUACGUUUUUAGACUCCCUAAGGCUUUGGGCUUCCUAUUUUUCUAAAACUCUCCUCCCCUAGCUGGUGGCUGAUCACAGUGUCUGCUUGCCUUCUCCUCCACUGAGGUAUCUUUAACAAACCUGCCCAUCAGGCAGGUUUACAGCUUGCCUGCACUGAGGUUUCUGGGUAAACUCUAAUAAACCAUCUGUGUGCUUCA